AUGACUGAAAACAAUCACAACAGAGAACAUGCUCUUCCCUCAUCAUCAGUCAACUCCCAACAACAGCACGAAUCGGAGCCAUUCUCAACCACUCAAUCAACGACGAAUAAUACCAUACAUCAUGAUGAAGAGGAUGAUGAUUGGGAAGAUGUUCAUGACGAUGAAGAGGAUGAUGAUACAUUGUUGGAACUCGAUGAAGAUCAUCAUCCACUUUGCAACUCGGAUAAUAAUCAUACUUCCGAAGUGGAGGUUGAAGCCAAACAAUAUUCGAGCGAUUUAGGGUGUUCUCACUAUCCACACAAUUGCCAAAUCGAAUCUCCGUGCUGUAAAGAAUUCUUUUGGUGUCGUGUUUGCCAUGACAAUGAAGCUUUUCAGAAAUGUAAAUGUAAAGUUGAAAAUAUGGACCGAUAUUCUGUUAAAAGAGUCAAGUGUAUGAGAUGUGGAACUAUACAAUCGAGCGAUAAUGUAGAAUGUGAAAAUUCGGAAUGCAAGACACGUUUUGGUGAAUUUUAUACUUGUACGAUUUGUCAUAUCUACUCCAAUGACCCGAAACGACCAAUCUAUCAUUGCGAUGGAUGUAAGAUUUGUCGUCUGGGUAAGAGGGAGCAAUUUUUGCAUUGUUAUACAUGUGGAGCGUGCAUGGCUCCAAACCACAAAUGCAUUCCACAGUGUAUGCAAUCGCAUUGUCCAAUUUGUAUGGAAGAUUUAUUCUCAUCGAGAGAAAGCGUUCAUUUACUCAAAUGUGGACAUCCCAUGCAUUGGAAAUGUUUCAGAAAUGCACUCAAGAGUAGAAUUUAUAAUUGCCCACUGUGUCAAAAGUACAUGGUCGAGAUUUCAGAAGAGUCUACUCGUAUCAUUGAUGAAGAAAUUGCAAACACUCCACUCCCAAAAGAAUUGCAAGAUAAAAAGGUGAAAAUUUUAUGCAAUGAGUGUUUGCAACGGAAUGACGAAGCUCCUUUCCAUAUUUUUGGUAUCAAGUGUCCGAAUUGUGGUAGUUACAAUACCAAGCAGAUUGUGUAG